UUUGUAAAGAAGAAAAAUAUAAAAUUUGUAUAUCUUUUAUCUAUGAUUUGUAUAAUGUAAAUUAAAAUCUAAUCAAACGUAGUUAAAGUGACUUAAUUUAUAAAAAAAAAUUGUAAACGGUAUUAUUUUUUUCCCAAUUUUAUUGCUCCUAAUUAAAUCAAAUUUUAAUUAAAUAAUAUAACUUUUAAAAUAUAUUUCAUUUAAGGAAUUUAAAGUUGGCCAUGUAAAUAAUUCCUAUUAAGACAAAUUUCAGCCAAUGUUGACUUGCGGAGUACGAAUUGUUAGAGGCCCAGACUGGUCAUGGGAGGACCAAGAUGGUGGUGAAGGCUUUGUGGGAACGGUAUGUGAAAUAGGAAGAUCAGGCAUCGUAGGCUCUCCCGAUAAGACAGUCGUUGUGCAAUGGGAUGGGGGAACUAGAACAAAUUACCGAGUUGGUUAUAUGAACAAAUAUGAUCUAUGUAUUAUUGAUAAUGCGCAAAUAGGUGUUAAACAUCCAAACAUUGUCUGUGAUGUUUGCGAUAGUGAAGGUCAAGGAAUUAGUGGUAUAAGGUACAAGUGCACAAUUUGCUAUGACUAUGACCUCUGUUAUAUGUGCUAUCAUGGAGAUAAACAUGAUUUGAGUCAUCCUUUUAAAAGAUUUGACUCUUCAACUUCUUUGGGAAUUGACUUACCACCCAGGUUAAAAGGACGAAAAUGUGAACUAAAAGGCAUCUUUGUGGGUGCUAAAGUUGUAAGAGGUUUUAACUGGGAAUGGGGUAAUCAAGAUGGAGGAGAGGGAAAAGUAGGCAGAGUGCUUGAUAUCAGAGGUUGGGAUACAGAAAGCUCAAGAUCUGUUGUCAAUGUGCACUGGUUUGCAGGCUCAACCAAUGUCUAUAGGUUGGGCCACAAAGGCAUAUGUGAUAUAAAAUUUAUAGAACCUGCAUCGGGUGGUAGUUAUUACCCUGAUCAUCUUCCUGUAUUGGGUGAGAACGAAAAUAAUAUUUUUAUUGUGUUGGUUUUCAGGUUUCACCUUUUAGGUCAAAAUACUGAAACUCCUGUGAUUAAACCAAUUAAAUCUAGUCCCUUACCAUUUGGGGUUGGUGAUAAAGUGCAAGUUACAGUUUUAGUUGAUCAACUAAAAGUUAUGCAACAAGGGCAUGGGGGUUGGAAUCCUAGAAUGACUGAUUAUAUAGGUAAAGUUGGUACUGUACAUCGUAUUACUGACAAAGGUGAUAUCAGGGUUCAAUUUGAUGGAUGUAACAACAGGUGGACAUUUAAUCCCACUGUACUUCACAAAGUGAACAGCUUUGCUGUUGGUGAUAUAGUUACAUUAAUAAAUGAUGCUGAAAAAGUGAAGGAACUACAAAAGGGACAUGGUGAAUGGAUUGAUAUUAUGAAAAAUUCACUUGGUAAGCUUGGAAAGGUUUUAAAGGUCUACUCAGAUGGUGACUUGAGGGUGCAGUUAGAUGGACAUGCUUGGACAUUAAAUCCUCAAUGUGUUAAAAUUAUUCCAGGCAGUGCCGCAGAACUGGCAAAUACAAUGCAUGCUAAUCCAAGCCAAAGACAAGACCCAACCAAUUGGCAGUUGGGUCAUAACCAGGUCGAUCCAGCUCACAACGACAAUUCUUCCAGCGGUAUUGACGACCAAUUUGUACGCGCCGCCGCCCAAGGUCAUUUGGAGGUAAUGCAGCGUUUAUUACGGACUACACCUCAUUAUUGCGUUGAUGGCCGGAGUGGUGGAAAAACAGCCCUUCAAGUGGCUACUCACCAGGGGCACAUGGAAAUUGUUAAGUUUCUGCUUCAGUCUGGCGCUUCAGUUAACGCCAGCGAUAAUGACGGAGAUACUUCCCUACAUUAUGCUGCCUUUGGCAAUCAAGCUGAAGUGCUAGAUUUACUGAUCAAAGCAGGUGCCAAUUUAAAUGCAUCAAAUCGUAGUGGCUGCACUGCAUUACAUGUUGCCACACAUAAGCAACCUGUUCGCUGUGUUCAAUUGCUUUUAGAGGCAGGUGCCAAUCCUAAUUGUGUUGAUGUGUAUGGAGAUACGGCAUUGCAUGACUCCAUUGGCAAAGACAACCAUCAGGCGAUUGAAUUACUGUGCUCUGCACCAGCUGUUGACUUUACCUUAAGGAACAAGCGGGGUUUCAAUGUUCUGCACCAUGCGGCUCUAAAGGGUAAAAACAUUGCCACCCAGAAGUUGAUAAUGCAUGCUAGGCAGCUGGUUGAUGUUAAAAAAGAUGACGGGUUUGCCGCUCUUCAUCUGGCAGCUUUAAAUGGACAUAAAGAUGUGGUAGAGACUCUUGUUAGGCAGGGUCAGGCUGAUAUUGACUUGAGAAAUAACAGGAAUCAGACUGCGCUCUUGCUUGCUGUUAGUCAAGGUCACUCUGGAGUAAUAGAAUUGUUGGUGAACUUAAAAGCUGAUAUAAAUGCUAAAGAUGAAGAUGAAGACAGCGCGCUGCAUAUAAUUUUAUUGAAGCGAGCUCACUUCAGUGAAAUAACUCGAUGUGAGGGUCCAUCCAUCCAAUCUAUCUACGAAAAUAUUAACCAUAUUACAGAACAUAGGUUUCCGUUAGCGAUUGCCUGUUACUUGAUACAACAAGGGAUCAGUUUAACUGCAACGAACAAUAAAGGUCAAGUUGCAGUUAAUUUGGUGCAGGACGUCGCGUUGCAGGAGUUGUUGAAGACUUAUAUACCGACCAAUGACGAGAUUGUGAUACAAAAAGAACCAGAUAUUGGUAAUAUCGGUUCUUUAUCUCUAGAAAACUCCAGGACGGACUACAAUGUAACUGAGCACACUUCCAACAAUCAAAUUCAUUCGACAGAAACGACAAAGCCAAUUAGAAAAAGUCGGGCCAAAAACGAUGCGGGCAGCACAUCCCAAAGCAAUUCGCCGACAUAUAAAACUACUCACCCAUAUCAAAAUGAAAUCGUGUCAAACAAACCGGUAGAAUGCUUGGUAUGUUCGGAGUUGUCAGAAGAAAAUGUACGACUUGAGCCAUGCAAUCACAAACCGGCGUGUGAGGAUUGUUCGUCGCGCAUGAAAAAGUGCCUGACGUGUGGCGAAUUUGUUCAAAAGAGAAUCACUAAAGAUGGCAGGGUGAUUCCUCUGAAAAGUAGACAGCCCAGCGCGGAGCGCAUGAGAUAUUUGGAAAGCAAGAUAGCAGAAAUCGAAGAAAGCCACGCGUGCAGCAUUUGCAUGGAACGAAAAAGGAACGUGGUAUUUUUAUGCGGACAUGGGACAUGUCACAAGUGCGCCGAUACGCUGAAAACUUGUCACAUGUGCCGCAAGACCAUUACAAAGAAAAUACCUAUAUAUUAGGUAUGCCAAACCGCUCACUUUAGGUGAUAAAUGUAUCUUAUAAGUAUUGUGAUUUGUCCAUACAUGUAAUUUUUAAUAAUAUACAAUUAAUAUAUUUAUUUCUUUCAAAUCCAUUAAAAAUAAGUUUUCAAAUAUUAAAAAUCAUGAUGAUUCUAAGAGCAAAAAAUGCUUGCAGCCGUUUGCUGCAACUAAACAAUAAUUUUGUUUUGUUGAACUGAUUAGUAUUAAUACUUUUUGAAAUUGUUUAUAAAAACCACUGACACACUUCUCCUGUCUAUUGUUUCAA